CAGUGUCAGUCACGUUUAUUCUGUAUUUCUGUAAUUUCUAAGUAAUUGUUUGCAAAUAGAAUUUCUAUUAUUUAGAUCGCUGUUAAAUAUAUUUAGAAGUCUGAGUAUAUCGUAAAUGCAACUAUAAACAUGGCGAAGUGGAUAGGUUACGCAGUUUCUGUCAACUGUGGUGAGCCUCUGGGUUGUUAUCAAGGAACUAUUUUAGAGGCAGAUGGAAACACAAUUACCCUCACAAAAGCAUUUAGAAAUGGUUUUCCUUAUCCCAAAGCGCAAGUGACUCUCAAUGCUGCUGACAUUCGGGACCUGAAGAUCAUCGAAACGCGGCCGGAGCCUGCUGAACCGACCCACAGCACGGUAGCAGUCACUAAAAGUAAUAAGAAAGGUCAACGAGCUACUGUUUGUGAGAAUUUGCAAGCUAAUCCUACAAAUUCAGGGCACCAGUUCUGCCUGAGCGUGGCGCCGAGCAGCAGCCGCGCGCAGACGGCGCGCGCGGGCGGCUCGGCGCCGGCGCCGGCGCGCAGCAAGCCCAUCGAGAUACAGGGGAACCGCAAUAAUAACAAGAACAAUACCCAUGCAGGUAGCUACGGCAACUCGGGCACGACGCCGAAGGGGCGCGGCGGCGGCGGCGGCGCGUACGAGAAGGCGCGGCGCCGCAACGAGGCGUGCUUCGGCGAGGCCGCAUCGCCCGCCAUCGACGACGACUUCGACUUCGAGGGCAACCUGGCGCUGUUCGACAAGCGCGCGCUCUGGGAGAGCAUGAGGAACUCCAAGCCGGACCUCGUGCGUCAGGCGGACGAGGCGGGCAAGCUGCGGCACGACGAGAACGUGCUGGGCGGCGGCGGAGGCGCGAGCGCGCGGCGCGCCAUCCGCGUGCCCGACGAGCUGCGCGGGCCGCUGGACUACGUGACCGACGACGCCGUGCUGGUGCCGGCCGUGGCGCCCGCGCUGCGCCGCCGCCUGUGGGACGGGCUGGAGCGCCUGGGGCUGGGCGACAGCGCGCGCACGCUGCUGGCGCGCGGCGCCGCCGACGUGUGCCUGCGGCUGGUGGGCGGCGGCCGGCGCCUCGACCCGCGCAACGCGCACCAGACGCCGGUGGUGGCGCUGCUGGCCGCGCCCGCCGCGCCCGGCGCCGCCGCGGCCGCGCGCUGCCUGCGCCUGCUGCACUCGCACGGCGCGCGCGUGGCGCUGCACGUGGCGGGCGAGGGCGCGUGCCGCGAGCUGGACGCGGAGCUGGCGGCGCUGGCGCUGAGCGGCGUGCGGGCGUGCGCGCUGGACGCGCUGCCCAGCCCCGACCUGGUGCUGCUGGCGCUGCCGGGCGCGGGCGCCGCCGCCGCGCUGGCCUGGGCGCGCGCCGCCCGCGCCGCCACCGUGGCCGUCGAGCCGCCCGAGGCGGGCUGGGAGGCUGCGGGCGUGCGCUGCCGCGCGGCGGUGCAGGCGCUGCUGCCGGCGGCGCUGGGCGCGGGGCUGGGCCGCGUGUACCUGGUGGACGUGGCGCCGCCGCCGCCGCUGUUCCGCGAGCAGCGCGUGGCCUACCGCCCGCCCUUCGGCGCGCAGCCCGUGCUGGCGCUGCACGUGGCCGACCACGCCGACGCCGAGCCCGCGCCCUGA